CUAGCUUCAGUGCAUAGGCGAGCUGCAGUCUGAGCAGGAAACUGCAUCUUCAGACUUUCUGCUCAGCCACGAGAGGAGCUAGGGUCACCGGACGCCCAAGACCCUUUCACACCGAUCAGACUCGCUGGGCCAACUCCCGACCAGUUUCCUCAGCCAUAACCUUACCUGUGAGCUCUGCACUUUCCCGGGUUCCAGUGGAUGCUCAAGCUGACGGCAGAGACUUAGGACUGCAUUGAGUGGGACACCGAGACCCUCACAGCUCUCCUCCCAUAUCAGCCUCUCCCGCAAGGGGACGAGCAUGGUGAUUGUACCUUGAAGAACUCUAGCUCUGGAUGUCUGAUACGAUGUUGGCUAUGAAGCUGUUCACUUGCUUCUUGCAAGUCCUGGCUGGGUUGGCUGUGCAUUCCCAGGGGACCCUGUCUGCCCCUGCCUCGAACAACUCAACAGAAGUGGAAGUGGUGCCCUUCAAUGAAGUGUGGGGCCGCAGCUACUGCCGGCCGAUGGAGAAGCUGGUGGAGAUUGUGGAUGAGUACCCUGAUGAGGUGGCACACAUGUUCAGCCCAUCCUGUGUCCCCCUGACUCGCUGUAGCGGCUGCUGUGGUGAUGAGAGUCUACAGUGUGUACCGCUGAAGACAGCCAACAUCACCAUGCAGAUCUUGAAGAUCUCUGCCAUUGGGGACCAACAUUCCUAUGUGGAGAUGACAUUCUCUCAGGAUGUACUCUGCGAAUGCAGGCCUAUUCCAGAGAAGACAAAGUCAGAAAGGAGGAAAAUCAAGGGGAAGAGGAAGAGAGAGAAGCAGAAGCCACAGACUGAGGAACCCCACCUGUACGGUGAUGCUGUUCCCCGGAGGUGACCAGCCCCUCAGAGGAGAGACCCCUCGCCCAGCUCAUAUAUUUAUUACCGUCACCCUCUCAAAUCCCUCCCUGCUGGUACCUACCCUCUAUUUAUUAGCCAUCUCGUCCCUGCUGAAUGACUUGCUCCCUCCAAGAUAAGGGGCAUAGAAGGACAGGACCCUCAGGAAUUCAGUGCCUUAAACAAAACGUGAGAGAAAGAAAGAAGCCAUCCACGGUUCCGUGGGUGCUUCGGCUUGGGAAGAAGCAAGACAUGGACAUGGCCUUGCAAGGGGUAAGCCAGGCCCCCGAGGCUCUGGUCUCCAGGGCACAUGAGAAGGAAAGAAAAGGCCCAGUACCUAUCCUGGUCCCUGGCUCCACAGAGACAAGCAGCUCUGGCCCUGGCUGCAUUGAAGAUAUGUAUCGGAGACCCAGCCAUGUCCUCUUGCUUCUGGAAUCAACUGUUUACCCUGAAGACCGGGAGAAGACAUCCAGCUCUGGAGAACAGAGCUUGCCUGUGGGCUUUGCCUUUCAGCCUUCACACUUCGCAAAGCACCACCACCUUGCCCCUGUCUGGGACACAGCUAGAGUGGCUUGGGGCUGAACAGAGAGCAGGCUGUAUGAGGGAUAAUAGCCCAAUAGGUUGGUGGACUUCCACAGCUGCAAGUCAGAGGCAUGUGUCCUACUGUUAUGGCUACGGAGCACAAGCAGAUUCCUGGAAGGCCCUUGCAGCCCACCAGUCGUCUCUUCCUGGACUGUCUAACUGCCAAGCCAGAUUCUCUUGAAUAAAACAUUCUAGUCUGGAACCAA